AAGCUGGCGGCGAGGACACACAGAGGCGCUCCCGGUGUAGUAGUUUCAAGUGACCAAUUCCGAGUAGUCAAGUGGGCGCACAGCCAUGUCAGACCUGCCGCUGCUGCCAGGCUACACCUUCUCCACUCCUGAGGAGAGGCAGAGGCCCAUCUGUCAAAGUUUGGAAUGGAGAAAGGGAGCACCCCUUGUGGCAGCCCCUCCUCAACCCUUGCUGUCUGAGGCUGACCAGCAGGACCUUGUGAGACAAGAGAGGAGACUCCAGUUUGCAUCCCGCCCCCGCCGAGCCUCAACCCCGCCCAAGUUUCUGCCAGAAUGGGCGGUGUUGGACAAGAAGGUGCUGCGGUUCAAGGGGUACUUCACAGAGCAGGUGGAGGGAGGGAGGGCAGUGUGUCGUGUCCGGCCAGUGGUCAUCUACUACUACCUGGUGGACGAUGCAAUAGCCGUCACUGAGCCUCGGACGCCUAAUUCUGGUCUAGAUCAAGGUCGUCUGCUGAACCGCCAGAGAAUGCCUCACCCUGACGGAGGAUUCUGGCACUGGACGCACCUCAACCUGGGAGAGACACUGACACUCUAUGGACGGCAUUACAUUAUUUGUGACUGCGACCCCUUCACCAAGGAAUACCUGUUAAGUGAAGGGACAGAGCUGGGCAACCCUGUCCCCAUACCUCCAGACCCAUACACUCUCAUGCGACAGUCCAGGACUGAGACGCCACACAGAACCUCAGACUUGCGUCCACACUCAGCACCCCUGGUGCCCCCACAGCUGAGGGGAGUGCUGCUCAAGUUUGAUGUGAUGGUGGAGGAGGUGGAGGAUGGCCGCUCCAGAGCAAGCCCUGCCGUGCUGCUGUACCGCCCGCAGGACCUCACGGUGGAGCUCCGCCAGCCAUCCUACUUUGACUACACGGAGAUUAGGAAGUUCAGUCCUGUCAUCCUGCGUGCCGUCAAGGUGCCACUGGGGGACUCAUCUGAAGGUGGUGUGAUCAACAUUGGGGAGGAAGGUGAGAAGGGGGAGUGGCUGUUGCCUCGUCACUUGAUCCCACCAGCAAGUGUGACCAUCUUCGGCCGCAGGGUGUUGGUGACAGGGUGUGAUGCCUUCACUCAGAGAUUCCUGCAAGACUACUAUGGUGCUGACAACAUCCCUGGCAUGAAAUAUGUUGAAACCAAAAAGCCUGAUGAGUCUGGUUCAAGUGGCAAGACACAGUCAGAUAUUGUUCCUCGCCACAGACCAAGACGUGGGCUACUCAUCCCUCAAGAUGCCACGGUCCUCAGGUUUUUGGCCAAACUAGACUCCCCACUGGGCACUGAAGCAGACCGGACCUUCAUCCUCACUUACCACGUGGUGGAUGCAACACUGGAACUCACUGAGAAGCCUCGGCCGGGGGGUCUGGGUGGAAGGAUCCUGUCCCGCAUGAGGGUCCCCAAGCCUGAGGUGGAGGACAAGAGGUCUUGGGAUCCAGACUUUUAUACAUUAGAUGACAUAUAUAUUGGAGCCCCUCUGAGGCUGUGGGGGCAGCACUACCUCAUCACAGGAGCAGACAAACAUGUCCUCAACUACGCACGCCAGCAUGAGGAUCAAGUCUCCCCACAGUUGCUCUCCUCCCUGCUGCACCACUUCCAGGAGGGCACACAUGACAAGGAGCCAGCUGAUCAGGAACAAGAGAAUAAUAAUAUGUAGUUGAGCACAAUUUUCAGACGACACAGGAGCAGCAAAGGUGUAAUGAAUCUGACAUACUCAUGAGGCUAGGCAACAAAAUAUAACAAUGAUAGAAUGUAAUAAAAGUCAAUAAAAUGUGAAGGAAAUGAAGCCUCUUGUUACAUCAUGAUAUUCUCUUUAUUAUGGGCACUUGGUAUUGAUACAGUAUUACUAUAAUUUAAAUAUAUAUAUAAUAUAUAUAUCAAUCAUUAAUACAUACUGAAACACUAUAAUACACUGUGUUGGUUACCUGAAUAGGCUGUGUUACAAACAUAUGUUGGCUGAAGGCAACAUUAAGCUUAAAGUCAACAGGAAAUAAGGUCUGCAAACAAUUCAGAAUGGGAAAUAUAAUAUGUAUAAUAAUGAUCACCUCACAUAAACCUUUCAGAGUAAAUUUCCAUAAACGUAAAUAUAUGUAAAUGAAUUUCUCAAGAAGUCAACCAAUAGGCGUCCAAAACAAGCAUGAUCCGAAUACAACGCAGGUGACAAAGUAACAAACUGAUGACCACAGCUGAUGAUUGUAUUACACUGUUACAUUGUUACACUGGCCCACAGCCUUAGGCCCUCAGAGUUAUUUACAGUAGAGUUCACUUGAGUUGUAUCAAAAUAUUAGUGACAUUCAAAGUUGUAGUGCUAAAACUGAUGGAAGAGAAAUAAUAUCAUAGCCAGCCCACUAAAUAAAUAAGAAAAUAAACUGCCCAACAAAUCAUCUCCAUUAGUCUACAUUAUGGGAUGGGCAAAGUAGAAACUGUGACGAGGGUUGGGGACAAGCACGGCUUCCAUCAUGCACUGGAGGUGAGGUGGUGGGACAGGAAGCAGUGGGCAAGGCUUGGCUGGUCUGGGAGUCUUAACACUACAACAUUAGUCAUCACAAAAUAAAAGGAUGCAUGCAGGAACUAAGGUAACUAAGCUGUACCUAACAGUAGUAUCUCCAUGGAGUGUGUAGUAUCUCUGAAAGGGGUUUAAAAAUAUAAAACUACAGGCUAUAGGUAGGAGAAGCCCAGUAAUACAGCUAUGUUCAAACAGUGUUCCUAUAUUACAGCAUUUCAGUUUCAUUAUACAAGGUCUCUCAGAUAGCAAUCACUAGUCAGUCACUCUUCAGGUAAACUUAUAAGGGAAAGGAAGAAAGAAAUGACAUUCCUUCAACUCUUACAACAACGGCAGCAUGGUGAUGUGCAUGGAUGACUUACAAUAGUGGUAUACAAGGCAAUUAUUUGUGAAUACAUUCUGCAUGCUAUGUAGAAGUAUGAUCAACAUAGCAUAUUUCUUAAUUGUAAUACAAUCCAUGUUGUCCACUUUAAAUUCAAGAAAUUUUGACAAAACUACAUUCACAAAUUUUAAUUACUUGCUAAAUUUUGCAUCAAGAGUUAAUGUAGGUCUUAACAAAGCCAUACCUAGGCCAGACGUCUAGUUAUUAGAUAGUACAACAAAUACUGUAAGAGUAAUGUUAAGAGUAGGAGUUUUAGACUGACGUGAGUACCAGCUGGAGUGUUGCCAGCUGUACAAUGGAUGGAUUCACUUGUACUUCUGAUGGCCACCAGGCAGGGAGUGACAGGGCCACUGUGCUCCCUGGACCACCCUGGCCUGUCUCAUAUUGCCCUAGUCAAUGCUAAGUCUACUUAGAAGUUGCAUAUACAGAGUAAACUGGCCCCAAGGAGCCAAAAAUGUAAUCUUAAAUUGUACAAAAACUGAUCAAGGAUAAAUUUUAUGACCUGCAUUUAUUAAAGAAAAAAUGUAUGUCUGUAUUUAUAAACUAUGAAGCCUUGCUAGCCAGAUCAAAAGACUUGGUUAGAUAGGGAAAACAAAUAAUAUAAACACACACAUUCAUAUUUAACACAUUUUAUGACAAGUGUGUGACAUCUUGCUCAUCUCAUGGCAGAUGGUAUGCUUUUGUUUAUUUCUUUUUUUUCUGUGACAAUUUUUUUAAACUACAGUCUAAAGCUUCUCUGAUUAUAUUUCCAAGAGUCAACAUUGCAUCUAGAGGUGCUUCCUGAGCCUCCCAUCCAUGCCAUAUCUCUGUGCUGUUCUGAGACUCAUCUGUAUGGUCUGGUGAUACCUUUCCCAUUGCUUCCCUAAGACAAGCUAAUGAGUUUAUGAUAUUUCAAAUCAGGUAAAAUGUUAUUCAUCUUUUUACAUUAUCAUCAUAUUUAAAUUUCAUGUUACAAAAUAUUUCUGACCAGAGCAGUUUUCUGUUCACCACAUCUCUUUUAGAGCCAUGACUGUUUUAGUGUUCUACACUUUUUGAGACAGUUAUUCUAACUUUAUUCCAGUCUGACCACCCUAGUACAGACUAGAGUAGUUCUCUAGUAAUGUUUGCUUUAAAAUGGUAGAUUAGCAAGGCUUCUGUGUAUAUACAAACAUACAUACAAUGUAUACACAUCAACACAAACUCCUUAACUUCUUAUAUUCAUUAAUAUUGCAUCUUUUGUCAAACUGGGAUCUACUUAUUUGACAUUGUUGAUUAUUGCUGUGUGGAACAUACAACAGGAAAAAAAUUAUUCCCUCAUAAAGAUGAAGCUUAGUUAGUUGUAAGUUUGCAUUAAUAUGACAAACAAUAACAUAUCCAUCUAUGAACAUCACCAUGUUUGUAAGAAUAAGACUGGAAAAAUAAUUUAUCUCAUUUAAAAUUAACAAGAUACCAAUUGGAUAAAUAUACAUAAACUUUAAGUUUUGAGCUAUUCAUAAAAAAAACCUGGCACAGGAUCAACUUGCACCAGUCAUUAAAUUUUACACUUCUUGUGCAACAGAACACAUACAAAAAUAAAAAUAAGCUAAUGGGAACCAUGGAAAAAAGACUAGAUAAAACCAUAAACUUAAUUUAGAACCACUUAAACAAAGUUAUAGAAGGGAAGGAAGUCUGUCCACACCAUGACUGUGAUAUCUCUGUGAGGCCUUCGUCAUCACCCACACACACCCACACCCACACACACACAUAUACACACACACACACACAUAUAUAUACACACACACAUAUACACACACACACACAUAUAUACACACACACACACACACACACACACACACACACACACACACACACACACACACACACACACACACACACACACAACACUGCAAGAGUGAGUCAUAAUAGCUAGAAGAGAUUAGGCAACCCCAGAGAGAGGCUUCUGGAUGUGGUUAUUAGUCGGUUAAUAACACUACCAACACUCCAUUCAUUAAAGCUUUUUCUUAAUGUGAACUUUUUAUAACAAUGCUGGGACCACAAACCACCAAUAAGCCAGUUAGUUAUGGGUAAUGCCUCCUGGUACACACGCAUCAAACAGGCAACACAAUGCCUUAACGUUAUGACGGGAGAAUAUAAUUACAGACGAAAAAGCAAAUUUGGUUUCUUGUGCUUCUGGUGGAUAGAAGGAAAGAAUAAUGCCAUAAGAGGUAAAGUACAAAACAACAAAGGUGUGAGAAUGACAUCUCCUAUUUAUCACUCAAACCAUCAACGGCUGAUCGUCAUCAUACUGGACAUGGAAUAGUGCGAGGAUUUACAUUCAUGUUGUGCAGAUGUACGUGCGUCCAUGUAACACAAAGACAGACGUUGCAAAGUAGCAGUAACGUGUAAUAUCGAUAAUUUCCGUUCGCAUUCACAUAGCAACAACAAGAACACAACUGCAGAAGAAAACACUGCAUAACAUAUCAUUAACAUUCUCAACUCAAUCAAUUCCCCAACACCUACAUCACACAGGUUCUAUUUUUACAUAUUCUUAAUGAGAACACACUUUCUCUUCAAAAGCAUAGUCAAUGUUAUCUUACGGAUCACAUGAAGAUCAGGUAUCACUUUUUAGGAUAAGGUAAGGGUGGAUCAGAUGAGAUUUGAUAACCUAAUCUAAUCUAUC